AUGCAGAGACUCUCGGAAAUCAAGAGCUCCCACGAGCAGAGUGCCCGAAACUCUGCCCAUUCCGGGUACUUGCGCCUGAGGGCCCAGGUCAACUUACCCCAUGACGACGACACCGACGACUUGAGCCAUGGCAAGACUAUGUUUGGUGGCAUCGUGACGUUUGGCCGCUUCGACACUUUUGACUGCUACGACCCGGCACUCUACGACUCUCCUAUAGAUAUUGCGAUUGUUGGAGCUCCCUUUGACACGGGAACUUCGUAUAGACCAGGUGCCCGGUUUGGCCCCGAGGCCAUCCGGCUGGGCGGAAGAAGACUCAAGGAGGGUGUGACGCCAGUACGAACCAACGGGCCAGGCUCCAAGUUGGGCAGGGUGGACCCAUACAACCCCAAGGCGCACAACUUGUCCAUCAUUGACUGCGGCGACGUGCCCAUGACGCCCUUUGACAACCGCAUAGCGCUUAACCAGUUGUACCGUGGCCAGCGGGCGAUCCACAACCACACCACCUCGGGCAAGCCGCUGAUUCCCCACACGAAGAUCCUUACCAUGGGAGGCGACCACACGAUCACGUUGAUGGCUCUUCGGUCUGCCUACGAGAAGUACGGGAGGUUGGCCGUGUUGCAUUUCGACAGUCACAUCGACACAUGGGACCCCAAGAAGCUCGGUGGCGGCAUCACGGACUACAUGUCGCUCAACCACGGAACCUUCCUCCAUUAUGCUGCGGAAAACGGCUACUUGGAACCACACAAAUGCUUCCACGUGGGCUUGCGGGCGCCGUACAUUGAUCCUUCAUAUGACCAGAAACACGACGAGGAAUGUGGCUUCAACACAAUCACUGCCAGAGAUAUCGACAAGAUGGGCACUGCCGGGAUUUUGAGCAAACUCAAGGAAACCCUCGGCGACAUCCCCGUCUACAUUUCCGUGGACAUUGAUGUGUUGGAUCCUGCGUAUGCCCCGGGAACAGGAACAAUGGAGGUAGGUGGUUGGACCACGCGGGAACUUCUCACUGUCAUUGAUGGGCUUGAGGGUUUGAACGUGGUCGGUGUUGAUGUUGUUGAAGUGAGCCCACCUUUCGACACCAACAGCGAGGUCACCAGUUUGGCGGCCACUGCAGUAAUGGAUUCCAUUUUGGGGCUCUUGAUCGUGCAAACCUUGGACUAG